UAUACGACUCGUUGUUGACCACAGACGAUGUUUUAAACUCUGCAGACGUAUGUCCCUUGAAGGACCUUCGGCAAUCCAUUCAACCCAGCAAGUUUGGAGAGCGUGUUGAGUUUAAUCAAUUCAUAACGUCGAGAUGGAGCCGAACUCACUGAAGUGGGUGGGCUCGUCUUGCGGUUUACAUGGACCAUAUAUAUUCUAUAAAGCCUUUAAAUUUCACCGGGACAGUAAGCCGAGGAUUCUGUCUCUCGGAGACUUUUUCUUCGUCAGAUGUAAACCCGAGGAUCCUAUUUGCAUAGCGGAGCUUCAGCUGCUCUGGGAAGAACGAACAAGCAAGCAACUUUUAUCAAGCUCCAAACUUUAUUUUCUACCCGAGGAUACUCCCCAGGGACGGACAGUCACUCACGGAGAGCACGAGGUAAUUGCAGUGUCUGAGAAAGUGAUUGUGCGGCUUGAGGACCUGGUGAAGUGGACAGUACCAGACUUGUCAGGAUGGGCCCACGGUCUGAAGACCGAGCCUCUCAAACAGUCUGUCCUCCGGGAGCUGGGGACCAACGGGAGGCGGGAGGCCCUCCACCGCUAUCGAGAGAGCACCCUGACCAGUGGACUCAACUUCAAGGAUGUCCAGAGGGAGAGGGCACAACUAGGCCAGGAGGAGGACGGGCAGAAGGUUUUGGUCCUCAGUUAUCCCCAGUAUUGCCGCUACCGCUCAGUUCUGGCCCGGCUCCGAGAGCAGCCCUCCUCUCUGCUCAUAGACCACACGGUGCUGGCGCUGGGCGGCAUCACUGCAUUGGGCGGGAGCACGCGGAUCCUGUACUGCCGGGACACCUUUGAGCACCCCGCGCUGCUGCAGAACGAGAGCAUCUGCGACGAGUUUGCUCCCAACCUUAAGGGGCGACCUCGGAAGAAGAAACUGUCCAUUUCACAAAAGAGGGACUCCCAGGGUCCGGCUCAGGGUCAAGGGUCAUCAUGGUCAACCCAGGGGUCACCCGCAUUGGCAGCACAGGACCCCUGCAGCCCAGAGAGCAAAACUACUACUAAGGUCAAACCCAACUGUAGAACGGUACCCAACGGAAAAUGUACCCCUGCAGCCAAACACAAGGCCAACGGCCUCAGCAAGAAAUCCUCCGCUGAGGAGAAGGAGCGAGGGAAGGAUAAGGAAAAGGAAAAGGAGGAGAGAAGCGAGAAGCGGGAGAAGAAAGAGGAGGAAAUAUCAGAGGAGAGUCGGGCGGAGGAGCAGGCUUUCUUAGUAGCACUCUACAAGUACAUGAAAGACAGAGACACGGCCAUAGAGAGGAUUCCCUUCCUCGGCUUCAAACAGAUCAACCUUUGGACCAUGUUCCAAGCUGCUCAGAAACUUGGAGGAUAUGAGUUGAUCACAGUGCGCAGACAGUGGAAGCAUGUAUAUGAUGAAUUGGGCGGGAACCCCAGCAGCACAAGUGCCGCCACGUGUACACGGAGACACUAUGAGAGGCUCCUCCUUCCUUACGAGAGGCAUGUUAGAGGUGAGCAGGACAAACCCCUCCCCUUGGCCAAACCCAGGAAGCAGGAGUGCAGCCAAGAGAAGGCCUCAGGAGCCAAAGCCAAAGGAGUGGGGGCCAAGAAAUUGAAAAGCCCCAACAAUCCUAACAAUCCCGACAAUCCCAAGCUGGGGAGUAAAAAUGAGAGAGGGGAGACAGUGAAAGACCAAGAACAAUCACAGGACUCCAAGGAGCCAGAGGAGAAUCAUGAACUGUCCUCAGCCAUUAAGCAGGAGGUAUUUCACAGAGAUGAACCAAUUCUAAUUGAGGAGGAAGAGUUACAUCUUAUCCUGAAGAAAGAGGAGUCCUUGGCAGCGGAGCAGCCACCUUCAUUGUGCCCCAAAGAGCCGGACAGCAGAGCCCCACAUGCUAGCCUACCCCUUCACACGGGGCCCGGUCCCCAUCCUGAAUGGAUGCAAAUCAGUGAGGCCCUCCAAGCAACACUGACCUGUGAACAGCAAACUGAAGGGCAUUUUAUUCCUAAAACCCAGUACCUGCCGCACCGUUGGGAUCAGAACAAAUCUACUGGACAUGUUGCUCUGCCUGAGUCCUCCUCUAGGGUCAAAGACUCCAUAGUAAGUCAUGGUGGGAGAGUGGGGAAGGUGUUACCAAUGUGUAAGCAGGCAGACAGACAGUGUAUAGACUUGAGCACAGAUUCCCUCAAGGAGAAAGAAGACUUUGGAAUCAUUAAGAAGGAGUCUUCCCAAGGCCCUGCACAGACGGCUGCCUAUUGCAAAUCCAGUCAGGGGGUCAUGUCGCCUUUGGCCAAAAAGAAGCUCCUCUCCCAAGUGUGUGAGUCCAACCCUUUCUCCUUUAUUUCUCCUUCUGUUCAGCCUCCACCUCCCACAGCGGCUUCUUCUCUCCCUGUCAUAUCAGUGGCAGAAAGGGAGGACAAGAGAAAGGAUGAGGAGGAGGUGGUAGGACAGAGGCACGGAUGUGUGUCAGACAACAUCCCAGAGGUAGCGCCUAUAUUCAGGCCAUCAGUCAUUCAGCAUGCCCAGAGCAGCAAGCCUCAACAGCAAGCCACUGGUGGCCCAGCUGAGAGGAGCACCGCCGGGGAGCUUUCAGAGACAUACAGUUGCCGGACAAGCCAUCACCUUCAGCCUCAAGUCAAUCCACCAUGGCAGCCCUAUCUCCCCCGGACCCAAGCGCAGGACAGUGGGGAGAACACCGGGGAGAAGCUACUCCAAGGCCCAGCUGCUCAGCCCCGGAGCUACGCAGGUGACUGUUACUCCUCCCCUCACCUCCAUAGUCUGUACAGGCAAACUGAGAACUGCCUGAGCCAGGAGCGGAUGGUCAGCUUUGCCAACGGUGAGCGGAGAGAUCACUACAACAGGGACCGUGAAGGCAGCCAGAGCUUUGUCUGUGGUGCCCUGGAGCAAGAGGGUCUGGCCUUCAGGUCUCACUACAGUGACAGGACUCAAACACUUGGAGAGAGCAGAGAGGCUGAUGAUGAGCCCAGAGACUUCACAAUUUCUAAACCUCUUUCCCAUAGGGUGUCCUCCUUCUCCAAGACCUCUUUCUGCAAUCUCCCAUAUUCCAUCAUGCACCAGGGUUUGGAUUCCCACCCUAAGGCAUGCAGGGUUCCUCCUAUGACCAUAUCUCCUCCCAAACAGAGCUCAGCAGAGUCAUCGCAGCCAUUUCCCAGCCCCAAAUCUUCAAGCGAUUCGUCCCUCACCAUCCCCAUUCGACCGAGCAAGCGGAGCCUAGUGGAGUCCAAUAACGACGAAGUCCCAGAGAGGAAAGUCCGUGUGGUGACACCAAUCCACCCUGCCUGCUCAAUCCGACGCAGUGACCCAGAAGAGCUAAAAGCAGCUGAGCCAGCCCACGCUGUUCACCUCAACAACCAACUGCCAGAGGGCCACCCUACAACCACCUACCCCCUCCCCCAUGCCACACACCUCUACCCUGGCAUGUACCCACCUGGCAGCCUGGUAUCUCCAGGAACCCAUGACGGGCUCCAGCAGCACCCAAGUCUGCAGUACCUGAAGAGCCAGUCAGCAGUUUCCCCCCUCGUUCCCUCUUUAGCCUUCCACCCCAUGAUGCUCCACAGGCAGCUGUUGGCCUCCAGCCCCAGCCCACACCACUUCUACAGGCAUCCAGGCGGGGCAGCACUGUAUGGGGACCUGUUACACCACCUUUACCCUCUCUCCACCCUCCCGCCCCCUCAGAUGUCCUCGGUACACCCCAGCACCAGACUGUGAGGGAGAGAGGGCAAUUCCCUCUUCUUCCUCAACCACAGAUAUGUUUUCAGCUCGUCUUUGUCUUUCUGUCUCUCUUUGCUCGGGGAUUGUGACUCAGUUGAAGGAAAACACUGAUUAUAAACUUUGGCUGAUAACAGACGGAUAAACUCAUCAGUCGGGCAGACUGAAAAUUCCAUUUCCUUUUUUUAGUUGUGUAUUGCAUUUGUUUAUAUACUUUGCACUGUUCAUUAUUUUCUAUCACCCCUUACUGUAUCUUUUGUUGUUGUUGUAUCCUUAUUUGCACAAUGCUCAUGUGUAUGUGUGCUCACAAAUCAGUUUGUCACUCAAAGUCACCAUGAGUCAGGUUGUUGCCCUGGAUGUGUGAAAAGUGGAGGGCAACAGUGAAAAGCCAUUUGUUUACUGCGUCUGAGGGCUAAACUUUGUUGCUUAAAAACAACACAAGUAACAUGACGACGUAAAUGAAAUUCUUUCUUUCACUAAAGGUGCGGUCACCGUCGCAAAAAAAAUGCGUAACAGCUGUUUAGCGCAUUAUUACACUUUAGGCAGCCUGUGGUGUUCUAUCUGUUUACAUGUCUCCACGCUGAAAGCUGUUGCCUCUCUGUGCCACAGUUAGAAAUACCUGGACUCCUUGGAAUAGACAUUACAACUCGCUGCAGUUCUGUAUAACAUGAAAUAGAUUCAUCUUAACAUCCGCAGGUGCUUGUGUAUGACAGACGUACUGUAUACUCCUUUUCUUUUUAAAACUCACUUCAGGUUGUUUUUGGUUAUCCAGUUCAGUUCAGAUGCAGCCUACGCAGUUGUCAUGUUGGAUCUGGUGACAAAUCACAAAUGUUGUUUUUGUCUGUUAGAGUUGACGGAAAAACAGUUUUAAUCUUUACUUUUUUUAAUUGAAAGUAGAUUGACCCCCAAAUCCCUUGUAAUGAGUAGAGUGUAGCAGCUUGUUUGUGUCUGCAGGACCAGCAUAAUGAUGCAGCCAUCUGCUGUGGAAUGUUCACCACAAGAAAUCAGCAUUUCAUCUUUUUGUUCUUGACUUGAAAAGCUCUUUUUUUGUGGGGGUGAACAAGGCUCUUUAAUUCAAGAUGCUGAAAAGAUUCACUCUAUGAUUUAACAGGAAUGUUGUCACUUAUAUUAUUGCUUUGCAAAUAUCUGUGCCUUUUGCAGUCUUGGAUUAGAGUUAGUGCUACAGUUGUUAAGGUUUAUCUUCUGUGGCAGGGUAGGAAUAUAAAUAUAUUACUGUCACUCAGCACACAGACAUUCAUACAAAAACUAUAUAUAUGGCACACUUGACUAUCAGACGCCAGACUCGAUUGGUAAGGCAGAGAAUUUAAAGGAAUGCAUUAACCUGAUUACCUGGAUAGAAUCUGUGCUUGAAUGAAUCUAUUUACGUAGCCUAACUGUGUCAGGUAGUCGAACACAGAAGAAGCUGAAAAGAUUUACUGAUAGUUAAUAUUGACACAUUUGCCAUUCACAGGGCAAGUGUGCUGUAUGUGUUUUCUAGCAGUGAUGACAAGGUACCAGACUCCAUAAAGUAUGCCUGCCAUGCUCCAUAGCCUGAGGAAGCAAGACGACACCUGCUCUGGCUUUUACAACCACUAUAAUUGCAAUCCAGGAUAGUUGGAAUACACAGUGAACAUGUCUGGUGUUUUAAAAGAAGAAAAAAAGCUGUAAAUGUCUAUGUAAAGUUUUACUGAAUACUUAAAGACAUUCAUUUCUGAUUAAGUACUGUACAUUGCUGUGUGUAGGUAAAACUGGCAUUAGUGCUAGCUCCUGUACAGAACAUUCAUGCGGGAUCAAUUCAUGACAACCCCUCCCUCGUCUUAUUUUCUGUGUAAAUAGCAAUGUAGAUAGUAUUGCGUGGUUGUUAUCAUAUAAACUGUUAUAAUCUGUAAAUAGUAUAAAAAAACAAACAGUAUAAAAGUCGGUUACACAAUCUAGCUGUGUCCUUGUUUGCUCUGUUUCAAGGUCACCAUGAUCACGUUAGAUCUAAACGAACACUACAGUUUAAGAAUUAGGAUACUCUUUAUUUGUUGUCGUUUCAUUCCCCCCCAUGUUUUCAUUUAUGUGCAUCCUGAAAGUGUUUUUGAUACAGUAGCCAUCUGUUUACCGAUCACCCAGCUGGCAAGCAAAACAAAAAAUAGACAUUUUGUAUAUGACCUCCUGUAUAUUUAAUUAAAAUAUUUUACUAUCUA